GUCACACUGGCGGUGUGAUGACAGGAUGUGAACCUGUGGCGGUGGAGGGGAGCUGUGUGUGUCUGAUGGAACAACAGGAAACAUGAGGCUGCUGUUGCUGUGCGGAGGGCUGGCCCCACGGUAGUGACUGGAGUCAGGUAACCACCGGACCCACCGACUCUAUCCCUCCUCUCACACGGGGUUAGACACGGAGGGAGGCAGCAGCUCUCCGGGACCGACUCCUGACUCUUUUUAAAACCAACAAUGUGGAGACUUUCUCUCCGUGAAACCGUGUAGACCUUUAAAAGUUCGCUGAAACUCACCGACGCGUCGAUAUUCAUGUGACGGGCUCCGCGUCUCUCUCCGUCCGCAGAGGAGACUCAGGUGUUCGGCGACACGAGGAAGAAGUUCACGUCGUUCUUUGAACUCUGCUCCACACCGUAUUCACGAAGCUACGUAGAGGACUUAUCCGUCGGUUUUCGCUGCUUUUUUUUAAAAUCGUGUCUCCACUUCUCCGCUUGGUUUCGUUUCACCUCGUUAUACUUGGAAUAUCAAGUGGCCGAGUUUGAGCAGGUUGCACGAUGGAUGAGACGGAGAAGUACAAACAGAGACUGGAGGCCAUUGCUGAGAAGCGUCGGGAGCAGGAGGAGCAGGACAGAGCCAGGAGAGACUUGGAGGAUGAGAAGAUCAGACUACAGCAGCUCAAGAGAAAGUCACUCAGGGACCAGUGGCUGAUGGAAGGAGCGGCCUUGUCCCCAGCGUCCCCGGACCCCCAGAGCCCGCGCUCCCCUCUGUGGGGCUCCCCCACCCAUGAGACUGAAAAUCACAUUAACACCGGACCAGCCGGCAUAAAUCACCAAACAGCUUCACCAUUGUGCAAAUUUAAUUCCUCUCCUUUCCUCUUUACCCAGCAGGAGGCAGCGACGGCUGCUGAGGCUGCAACAGAAAUGGUGCGAGGUGUUGUUGUGCAGAACGGAGAAAAUAAUGCAACAGCGUUUGAAACAAGUGAAGAUGAGGUUAGCAAAAGCCCCCGACUGGAUGGAGCUGCAGUUGUCUUAACCAAUGGUGGAGGAGACUUCAGUGCGGGCACUAAUCACAACACCAAUGGACCAGUCAGUGAUCCAGAGGGUGUCGUGAGUAUGCAGUCGGAGCCUGCGUUGAGCCUUGGUGUUUCUGAGGUGGAGCCUGGUCAUGUUCCAAACGUAUUUUUUAACGAGGAGGAGGAAGAAGAAGGAACCCUGGUGAUUAGAGCGGAAUGUGUGAUCAUCACAGAUGAGGGGGAGGAUGCACCUGAGGAUGUUAGACCCCAGGAAGAUGAGCAGUCAGAGGAAAGCCCUCUGCCAGAUCAAGAAGGGGAGACUGUGGAGGAGGUAACGGCUCCAGAAACCUUCAAACAACCUGAGAAAAGUCCGACGUCUGAACCCACUGCAGAGGCACAACCAGGCACUGGAGAUGGAGAUGUGGGCAGUGACAUCAAGACAAAUGAAAACAUAAAUGCAUCUGAAUCUGAAGAUCCAACAUCUGUGCAACUGCUGUCCCCAGCCACUGACCUAGAGGGCGCUACUGUGGCUUUAGUGCCAGUCUACUCUGAGAUGCAACCCUCUACCGUCACACCCAGGGCUGAGGUUGAAGCUGCAGCAUUGUCACCAGAGGGAGCCCAAGAUCCUCCCACCGCGUGCGGCCAGUUUCAGGAGGUGCCCCUGGCUGAUCCCCAGGUGAAUCAGAGGACAGAGGCAGGAAAGGGGGAGCAGGAGCCCCUUCUCUCACAGGCCCCAGAGCCAGCAGCAGUAGCUAACAGCCCAGCCAACACAGAGACACACAGCCCAACCAGGGCGAGUCAGGGAGAGGAGACGGUGGCACCCAAACGCAAAACCUGCCAGUGCUGCUCCGUCAUGUAAACCACCUCCCUGCACAUUAACCUCCUCUCUCCCUCUUCAGUCUGCAGGUAUGCCUCAGUCCAGUCGCUCUGAUGUUCAACUCAGAACACACUCCUUCCCCUGUCUCUUUGUUUUAAUGCACCCACCCUUCUCUUCCCUUCCCUCCACCACCCGCAGCCAACAUUUCUUGUAUUUGUCUCGAAACUUCCUCAGCCUCGCUCUCCAGCCUUGAUACUCCAAGAGGAAGUUAGCUCUCCCUGACAUGACGUGAGGAGGCGGGGAAAUGACCUGGACUUGUCAGUAUUUAAGUGCCUUGAGGAGCUUUACAUUUGAAAUUCUCAUCACACAAGUGUGCUUUCAUUUCCUCGGUUUGGAGACGAGCCAGCCAAGCAACGCAGCAUCACAAAACCUCCGAUUUAGAUGCAGAUGAGCAAAGACUUAAAACGUAUUACUUUUAAUUGUGUCUUCAUGUGAAGUGCAUCUGGUAUUUUCCAUAAUCUGAAUGUGAGAUUUAACUGGAAAAGUUCAAAGAUCUGGAGAGGUUCAGAGAGGAUGCUCUUCUAAUUUAAUGACUUUAAGGCUGAUUUAUUUUAUUGAUUUUUUUUAUUUGACCUUUGUAUUAGAGACAUUUUAAUCCAAGUAUAGAGCUUGAAUAUUUUUAUUUACUUUGUAAUACAGGUUUUGACAAUAUAGAUACUAAUAGUACGAAAUGUAUAAGCAGCAGGGUGCAACACUGAAUAUUUGUAGGCCACUGUCAGUUGUAAAAGAGAGAUUGUUUUAAAAUACCUGAAAGUAUGAAAGCUUUAGAGCAGGGGGUUUAGAGCUCCUGAUGCAGCUCUCUGCACGGACGUGUACACUGUAUACAGAAAGCUUGUGAAAUUGAGUGUCUGUUUCAUGAAUGGUUUAAUGAUUAAACUGACACAUGUCAUACAAAGCUUUU